AUGGCUCUCGUGCAGACCGACCCCGACGCGUAUGUGAUCAAGCCAGCGGCGGCUGCGCCUGCCAUCGACACCAGCGACUGGCCGCUGCUGCUCAAGAACUACAGCGACCUGCUCGUUCGCACAUCGCACUACACUCCCAUCCCCAACGGAUGCGCACCGCUAUCGCGAGACCUCAAGUCGUACAUUAGCUCAGGUGUCAUCAACCUCGACAAGCCUUCCAACCCAUCCUCGCACGAAGUCGUGUCAUGGAUCAAGCGCAUGCUGAGAGUCGAGAAGACUGGUCACAGUGGUACUCUUGACCCCAAGGUCACCGGUUGCCUCAUCGUCUGCAUUGAUCGCGCCACCCGUCUUGUCAAGUCUCAACAGGGAGCCGGAAAGGAGUAUGUUUGUGUCAUCCGCAUGCACGACAAGCUUCCCGGAGGCGAGGCACAGUUUGCGCGUGCCCUUGAGACGCUCACCGGAGCUCUGUUCCAGCGCCCCCCGCUCAUUUCCGCCGUCAAGCGUCAACUUCGUAUCCGAACUAUUCAUGAGAGCAAGCUCUACGAGUUUGACAAUGAGAGGCAGCUCGGUGUCUUCUGGGUCAGCUGCGAGGCUGGAACCUACAUCCGUACUCUGUGCGUGCAUCUAGGUCUUUUGCUUGGUGUCGGCGCCCACAUGCAGGAGCUGCGCCGUGUCAGGUCUGGAGCUAUGGACGAGACGAAGGACUUGGUCACUCUGCACGAUGUUCUCGAUGCCCAAUGGCUCCACGACAACAACCGCGACGAGGCCUACCUGCGCAAGGUCAUCGCACCUCUCGAGAGUCUUUUGAUGAGCUACAAGCGCAUCGUUGUCAAGGACAGCUCUGUCAACGCCAUCUGCUAUGGUGCUAAGCUCAUGCUUCCCGGUCUGCUGCGAUUCGAGAAGGGUAUCGAGAUCCACGAGGAGGUUGUCCUCAUGACCACCAAGGGUGAGGCUAUCGCGCUCGCAUACGCGCAAAUGUCAGCUGUCGAGAUGUCAUCGUGCGACCACGGUGUUGUUGCGAAGAUCAAGCGUGUCAUUAUGGAGCGCGACCUUUACCCCAGGAGGUGGGGCAUGGGCCCAGUUGCCACCGAGAAGAAGAAGAUGAAGGAGGCUGGCACUCUCGACAAAUUUGGCCGUCCCAACGACAAGACCCCUGCAAAGUGGAACACCGAGUACAAGGACUUUAACAGGAAUGACGUCGAUGGCGCUUCUGCACCAGUUGCUGAGACCACAUCCACAUCUGAGGUUCUCGCCGCUCCUGCAGUCCCCGCGACCGGCCUCGCCCCUGCUGAAGAGGCUGAGGCGGAAGCUGAAACCGCCGACAAGAAGAGCAAGAAGCGCAAGAGCCGUGGCGACGGUGAUGACGAGGGCGAUGAAGACAAGGCCGAGCGCAAGCGCAAGAAGAAGGAAGAGAAGGCUGCGAAGAAGGCCGCCAAGAAGGACAAGAAGAAGAGCAAGGGUGAUUCUGACAGCGACUCCGACUAA